UGUUUAUCUGUUUACUGCGCCGCAUAACAGCUGAGAAGUUAAAAAUAAAUCACGUAAACACUCGGCAAAUUGGAAGAAAUACGCAGAGAUUGGCAACAAAUUUUUGCGCGAGUUAUAAACCCUGAGCAGAUCUGUCGAAUGAUUUUUUUGUUUUUAGUUUUGUUUCAUUUAUUUACUUUCAGUCUGUCAACAAACCUAUGUUCAACAAACUUGCUAAGUGUUUUGCUGCAUUUCGUUUUUAACAGAUUUUGUUGUAUUUUCGAAAUGGAAUUCUGCCGACAGAGAUACAUCGAAUCUGUUGUCUCUCUCUAACGCGACAAAAUAAAUCGCGAAAAUCCAUUUUCGAUAGAUUUUGCCAUCAGCGCAGAUAGUGUGAAAUAUAAAAAUGGCACGAGUAAAUUAAAAUAUAUGUAAUUACUUUGAUACUGCAUUGCGCGGCGUGUGUGUAGACUAUUUUUAUGCGCUUAUAUAACGCGCGCAUCAGAUUAAAAAGAAAAAAGAAACAAUAUAAAAUAGCAAAACUAGGCGGUAAGGCAAAGAAACGACCCAGCAUCCUCACUGAAUCAAUAUUCUCUCUGUGUUCCCAACAACAUUAUCCAUUUCUUUGAGGGCGUGUGUGAAAAUCGCAAGAAACUCUCAACGAGAGAGAAUACGGCAUUUGCGCAAGUUCAAUGUCUUUGGCGCCACAACGCUUUCCGCGUUGCGUUUAGUUUCGCGCGAGCUCGCGGUGGUACAGGACGCUUUGGCGCUUUCGGGUCGGUAAACUUGGAGGGUGAGUGAAAUUCAAGAUUCCAUAAACCGAAUCGUAUUGACAAAAUUACACAACGAAAAUCUUCGGCGGUGUAAAGGUGCAAAGUUGGUGCAUGUCUCAUCAUGAUAACUCAGACGAAGCAUCUCGUGACGAAUUCUCCCGAGCGUAUGUCUAUUUACGAACAGUCGGAAAAUAUGGAACAUCUGACGACAGUGACAAGAAUCUUAGGAAUAUGCACCGCUAUUGUUGUGUGCGGCGUCGGCGCGGAUGUGGCGUACCAUCAGCACGUCAUGGGGUUUUACGUUACGGCGGCGUCGGGCGUGAUCCUCUUUCUUGAAGUAACCUGGGCGAUCACGUUGUUCGUCCAUCUCUGCACUAGGAACGAGGAGUCUCUUUGUCUACGUUGUUGGUCCAACACCUUGAUUGCCACUUGGGGCUGGCGGAGAGCGUUGUUCUACCUACCGUUGUCCUGCAUCCUAGCGUGGGAACCCAACAGACUCUGGUUGUCCUAUGUUGCGGCCGGCAUGUUGGCGGUACUGUCCGUGCUGCAUAUUGUAUCGAGCACGCUAGAGUGGCGAGAGUCCUGUCAAUCAAGAGCCAACGCAGACUCGGUCGGCGAGAGCCUCUUGAACUCCAGACCGGAGAAUUACGAUCGCUUCGAGGAGGUUUUGGUGACGGAGGUCUUCGACAACGUGUCGGGAUCAGGUCGUUGUCCGGGAGAUAGCGACGGCGAGAUAUGACACGAGCAGCGGCCCUCGUGGGCCAGCGAAUCCGACGAGGACAGCGAAUUUGAACAGAAGACGUGUCAAAUCGCCACGUUGUCUUAGUUUUUGAUGACGGACCGGGAGAAUCUCCGACUCGAUCUUGUUUUGUGUUAGGGAGAGUGUCCGAUCGGAUGUCGAUAAUCCCGCAUGUGAUAAAGGACGAACAUGAAAACAAAAGAAGGAAAAACGUGUGAGAUUAAAGUAAUUACGCCUUUUACUCGGUACGGAGGAACAAAGAGAAUCGUAGCGAAAGAUACGAGAGGUAAGAGCGAUUUUCGAAUUUGUAAGAGAUCGCUGAUCAUUGAUAAUCGUGUGUGUGAGUAUGUGU